AUGGGUGUUGGCAAGAAGAAACUAUGCUGUGGAGUAACAUCAAUUUUCAUAGUUAUCAUUGUCAUUGUCAUCUUAACCUUAGCCUUUACCAUCUUCAAGCCUAGAGACCCCAUAAUCACCCUCUACCCUGGCUCCAACAUUGAAGUUACAUCCUUCUUGAAUCCAACACAUAAUAUCACAUUAGACUCGAUUAUUACAAUUGAGAACCCAAACUAUGGAGUCUUCAGGUACAAAAACACCACCUCUUCUGUCACUUUUCGUGGGAAAGUUGUAGGGGAAGCUCCAAUUAUGGACAUAUAUGUGCCACCACACAAGAAACGUAACAUGACAUCUCCUGUGGCAAUUAUGCCUGUUAGGUUAAUGCAGGAUCCCCAUUUUUGGAUUGAUGUUGCAGCUGGGACCUUGAAUUUGACUUCAACAGCCCUUAUGUCUGGGAUAGUGAUUGUGAUGAACAUCUUCAAGCGCCCUGCUACCCUUUAUAAUAGUUGUAAUAUAACUGUUUUUGUAUUAUCUAAGAAAAGUGUGGCCAUAUGUGAGUCCAAACUCAAGAUAUAA